AUGUGUCUCACUCUGCCGUUGACGUUCAUUUUCAGACCCAAACAAAUCAGUUUACACACACAUAAUACCAUUCAUUAUAAUUUAUACCCACGACGACGACGACGACCAUAUGUAUUGUUGAUGAUGACGAUCAAUAAGCAUACAUAUACUUGUUGAAGAAGAAGAAGAAGAAGACCAAAAAACAUCACAGCGUAUAAUUUAUAGCGAUGGCCUUCCCCAACCAUUUAUCUGAUGAAGAAGAAAUCCCUCUGCAGCAUUUCUCCGAACACCACUUACCCCUAAAUUCUUCUACCCUUUUACGGAAUACUCUCACCGACAACAAGCCCUCCUCCACCCCUACCUGGCUCAACCCCGCCCGCCACUUCUCCUCUCCCCCCGACGACUCUAAUUUCCUCAAUCUUCACACCACCCACCCCUCCUCUUCCUCCACCCCCACCGAUCAGUGGCUUCUGCACCCACCUCCCACCGAUAUCGACGCCAUGGCCUCCGCCAUCUCUCAUCAAUCACCCGACUUGCACAAUCAUUCUAGUUUUGGUGAUGUAGCGGUCAAUUGGCAAACUGCCAGGUAUAAAACCCAGAUUCUAUCCCAUCCUCUCUACGAGCAGCUUCUAUCUGCACAUGUGGCUUGCUUGCGUAUUGCCACCCCUGUCGAUCAGCUCUCUAGGAUAGAUGGUCAGCUCGCCCACUCCCAGCAAGUUGUUGCAAAGUACUCCGCCCUCGGGCAUGGAAAUCUUGGUGACGAUAAAGAGCUUGAUCAAUUUAUGACACAUUACGUACUAUUGCUAUGUUCAUUUAAAGAGCAACUGCAGCAGCAUGUGCGUGUUCAUGCAAUGGAAGCAGUUAUGGCUUGCUGGGAGAUUGAGCAAUCCUUACAAAGUUUAACAGGAGUUUCACCAGGAGAAGGGACAGGGGCGACAAUGUCUGAUGAAGAAGAUGAUGAUGAGCAAGUAGAUAGCGACGGACACUUGUUCGAUAUGGGUGGUGGUGGUCAUGACUCCAUGGGUUUUGGUCCUUUAAUUCUUACCGACAGUGAGAAAUCUUUGAUGGAGCGUGUAAGGCAGGAGCUGAAGCAUGAAUUGAAAAACGGUUACAAGGAGAAACUUGUAGACAUUAGGGAGGAAAUAUUACGCAAGAGAAGGGCAGGGAAACUACCUGGUGAUACCACCUCAGUCUUGAAAGCCUGGUGGCAAUCUCACUCCAAGUGGCCAUACCCAACUGAGGAGGAUAAGGCGAGGUUGGUGGAAGAAACAGGAUUGCAACUAAAACAGAUAAAUAAUUGGUUCAUCAAUCAAAGGAAGAGGAAGUGGCACAGCAAUUCCUCCUCUUCCACAGCCUCGAAAAGCAAACGCAAAAGUGGGAAAUAAGUAAUAAUGCAGGUGAAAACGGUAACAUUUGUGACGUGUAAGAGAAAUUACCUAGGUAAUAGCUGUGCUGAUGCUGCUCGUGCUUCCACAUUUUUCAUACACAAACAAAUGUCGAAUAGGCUGAGAAGCUGCUAAAGCGAUCGGAGGAAGAGGAGAGCAUCAACUUUAUAUAUAUAUAUAUGUAAUAUAUGAGGGUGAUUUUAUUUAAUCUCCUGGUAGAAGAGCGCGUCCUACAUAAUUUGCUGUUUGCUCCAGAUAGAAGACUAAGUAUUUGUCUGUGUGUACUGUGUAUAUAUAUUUAUUUAUACAAAUGGCAACAGCUUAAUUAUGAUGCAAUGUUGCUGCAUCAAAGACCAAUACAAAGUUUUAGGUGGAUAUUUAUUUGUCAUAUUUAAUACUUUGGAUAGUUUUUGAAAUAUAUCAAAAAUGAGGCAUUGUGU